AUGGAUCCAGGAAACCACACUACAGUGACAGAAUUCAUCCUUUUGGGGUUAACAAAUGAUCCUACACUCUGUGUCAUGUUCUUUGUAUUUUUUCUUGGAAUAUACAUUGUCACCUUAUUAGGAAAUAUCAGCAUAAUAAAUUUAGUAAGAAGCUGUCCCCAGCUCCAAACCCCCAUGUACAUGUUUCUUAGCCAUCUAGCUUUUGUGGACAUUGGCUAUUCCACAUCAGUUACACCUAUAAUGCUGAUAGGCUUCAUUGUACAUGGAGCAGUCCUCUCUGUGCAUGCCUGUGAAGCACAGCUCUGCUCUGUCGUGACAUUUGGGACAGCUGAAUGCUUCCUGCUGGCUGCUAUGGCCUAUGACAGAUAUGUAGCUAUCUGCUCACCCUUACUAUACUCUACACAUAUGUCUUCCCAAAUAUGCCUCCUCUUAGUUGGGGCAUCAUAUGUGGGUGGCUGUAUUAACGCAUGGACAUUUACUGGUUGUUUGUUAAACCUGUCCUUUUGUGGAGCGAAUCAGAUAGAUCACUUCUUCUGUGAUUUCUCCCCUUUGUUGAAACUUUCAUGCUCAGAUGUCUCCAUUAUUGGAAUCAUCCCCUCCAUAUCUGCUGGAUCUAUUAUUGUAGUAACAGUGUUUGUCAUAGCUGUCUCCUACAUCUACAUCCUCAUUACCAUUCUGAAGAUGCACUCCACUGAGGGUCGCCACAAGGCCUUCUCCACAUGUACCUCCCACCUCACUGCAGUCACUCUCUAUUAUGGAACUAUUACCUUCAUUUAUGUGAUGCCCAAGUCCAGCUACUCAACUAAGCAGAACAGGAUUGUAUCUCUGUUCUACACAGUGGUGAUCCCGAUGUUGAACCCCCUCAUCUAUAGUCUGAGGAACAGAGAUGUAAAGGAGGUCCUGAGGAAGGCAACUGUCAGAAUAUAUUCUUAG